AUUUUUCACUUUUAUCCAACUUUAUUCAUUUUUUUUUGUUUUUUUUGGGGUUUUUUUGCUCUUAGUUGAUAUGGAGGUGAUUGAAGAUUCCAAUCUGCAGCUGGAACUGCCGUCUGAGCAGCACAAAUCCCUCACCGAGAUCUCCGACGACGAGCUUCACCUUCCUCCGUCAGACGAUGAAGAGGAGGCUGCAGAAGCCAAGAAGGAGAGCGCAGAGAAAGCGGGAGAAGAGACUGAAGAGGAACCGAAAGGCGACGGACAGAUGAACGGAGUGAUGGUGCUGGCUCUGCUGGACAAGAUCAUCGGUGCAGUGGACCAGAUCCAGCAGACCCAGGCCGGACUGGAGGCCAGGCAGCAGGAGAUGGAAAGAUCGGUGACUGGGAUCCAAGGCGAGCUGACCAAACUGUCCAAGAGCCACACCACCACUGCCAACACGGUCAAUAAGAUGCUGGAGAAAGUGCGUAAGGUGAGCGUGAACGUGAAGACGGUUCGCAGCACGCUGGAGAAACAGGGCACCCAGAUCAAACGCCUGGAGAGCAACGAGAACGAGCUGCUCAAGAGGAGGAACUUCAAAGUCAUGAUUUACCAGGAUGAGGUGAAACUUCCCUCCAGAGUGACCGUAGCCAAAUCCAUGAAGGUUCCAGAGCCAGUGGAGGGGGAGGUUCCGCCGGAGCAGAGAGCGGCUUUAGAGGAGGGUGGAGAAGAUGGUGAGAAGGCUCAGAUAGAGCUUUCAUCAGACGAGGAGGUGGAGAUUGAGGAGACCAUCGAGGAGACACGAGCAGAACGCAUCAAACGCAGCAGUCUGCAGCGUGUCCAGAACAUCAAAACCGUCUUCUCUAAGGAGAAGAUGGAGAAGACCAAACAAAAAACCAAAGAAAACCUGGAAAAAACGAAACAGAAGACCAAAGAGAACUUGGAAAAGACUCGUCUGAAGACCAGAGAGAACCUGGAGAAGACGAAACAGAAGACGAAAGAGAACCUGGAGAAAACCCGACAAAAGACAAAGGAGAAUCUGGAGAAGACGCGCCACAACAUCGAGAAGAAGAUGGGCAAGCUCGGCACCCGUAUGUCCGUGAACCCCGAACGCAAGGAGAAGAUGAAGACCUCCCGAGACAAGGUGAAGAAGUCUUUCACGCCCGAUCAUGUCAUCUACGCCCGUUCCAAAACCGCCGUGUACAAGGUCCCGCCUUUCACCUUCCAUGUGAAAAAGAUCCGUGAGGGACAGGUGGAGGUUCAGGGCACGGAGAUGGUGGAGGUGAGCGGAGAAGCGGAUGUGGAGGAGAACGGAGGAAUGGAAGGUGGAGAGGAUGACGAGAUGGAGAUGGAAGGAGGGGAGACUGGAGAGAUGUUGACCGAGGACGGCCCCGAGAUGCAGAUGCUACACGAGAUGGCUGAAGACUCGGAGCUAGUGCUGGAGGAACAUGACCAUGACAGAGAUAGUGACUGAGAGAGAGAGAGAGAGCGAGAGAGAGAGAGAGAGAGAGAGAGAGAGAGGGAGGGAGAGAGAGAGUCUGUGUGAAUGUAUAAGGGAGGGUUGGAUAUAAUGGAACAGUGCUGGUCAGUUUUCACCAGUACAGCCAUUAAAUAACCUGGGUAAAAGUGUGUG